UUUGCCUCCGCCGCGAUUCACCGGAGUUUUGGAACAAAUCCAAUUUCGAAGACGAAGUCCGAGCAAUCAUAGCUAGAGAGAGAGGGGAAGAUGAUGAUUCGGAAGCUCUGAUUGGUUGAUUGAUUGAAAGGGAACGAGCUCCAGAAGCGGAGGAGACGGCGACGGCGGAGGAGGAGCGAAACUCGUUCUAGGUCAAGAAAGUUGGCAGUUCCAUCGCUGCCUGCGCCGCUGCUUUUUCUCCAAGACGCCGGCUCCGGCUCUCCUCCUCGCAUCCACGCCGCAAAGGUCCGAUCUUUUUUUCCCCCCUUUGCCCUAUUUCCUGCGCUUGCGCUUCGGAAUCUUCCCCCUCCCGCCCUAGCUCGGCGCUUCGGGUGGUUCGCCCAUCGCAAAGUGGCGGAUUAGGGUUCCGGAGGCAAUAUGAAAUGCGAGCUUUGCCGAGCUCCCGACCCCGGAAUUUUUUGCUUCUCGAGUUGGGUCCAGUUCUUCUAGGGUUUUGACCUGGCUUGAUCGCGAUUGGCUUCAAGAUCGUGUCUUUCUAGUUGGUUGAAGCUCGGGAUCGUUGCCUUUUUAGUGGUGGCUGUCCCCCAUUGCUGCUAUAGGGUUUUGUGGCGCGAAGGCGAGAUUUUGACUAGCUCGUUCUGAGAUGAGGCGGAUGGCAUUCGUCCUUACUCUUUCAAUCUACUGGAAGUGGAUCAAGCUAUAGUUCCUUUGAUUGGAAGACAACAAGGAUCCGUAGCUCAGACUUGAUCUUGUGAGUUGCAUGCCCUCCGUGCACUGGGAGAUGUCGACAUCAGAGCCCUUGCAGUACAGCCGUAUCAAUGCCAAUGAUCUCAAGAUGCAGAUUGUUAGAAAUCUUGGGAGCGAGCGGUCAAAGAGGUAUUUUGGUUUUUUGAAUAAAUUGUUGGCACAGAAGUUGAGCAAGUCUGACUUCAACAAGUUCUGCAUUCCGAUCCUCGGCCGGGAGAAUAUCUGUUUGCACAAUCAACUCAUUCACUCAAUCCUUGCAAACGCUUUGCAGGCGAAAACCCCACCCCUAAACUCCCUUGACAAAGCUGUUUCCAAGGCUGUUGGAAAGAAAGCAUCUCAUGGUGCGAGUGUGGUCAAUCAUGAAGAAGCCCCAUCAUCCUCAAACUCUGUAUGGACUAAUGGGCACACCUCGCCGACAUCGAAUCACAAGGUCAGAAUGUGCAACCAUGACCAGAGAACAAAAGACGUCCCUUCUAAUUCUCAUACGCAGAACGGAAGGACAGAAGUUGCUUUCCAUUCUUCUGUGUCAUCACAGAAGAAUGCUGUUAAGGAGAAUGGAUUUCUUGGCCCCUCCCGUUUAGCAAGACCCAUGCUGCAGCAGCAGCAGCAGCAGCAUCAAGAUGUUUCCUCUGAACCGCCUCUGAAGAGACCGAGGGCAGAAUGCAUUGCACCUAACAGUCAACCUGUUCCUGAGAUCAAUGGUUCAGUUGAUAAUGUAGCCGUGGAAAACUCAGAAUUGCGACAAGCUGGUGACUUGAACUCCAAGAGAGGUCCUCUACAGGCCCCACUUGGGAUUCCAUUAUGUUCUGCAAGUGUUGGCGGGGCACAAAGAUCUUUAACAUUGGCAAUUGAUUCUAGCAGUGGUAAUAGUCUUCUUGGCAGAAGCUCUACCUCUGGAGAAUUAUGUCACACCGGGGCCCUAAUGAAAAGAAUGGAGAAAAUAGCAGCAGUACAUGGCUUGGUGGGUGUUGAAUCAGGUUGCGCUAAUAUGUUAAACAAAGCUGUCGAUGCUUACGUGCAGGACCUAAUUAGGUCAUGUGCUGGAUUAGUAAGAGCAAGGCUGAACCAUCCAAAACCUUCAAGCUUCAAGCAGCAAGCUCAGGUCAACCCUAUAAAUGGUGUGUUGCCUCGAAAUCAUCCUUAUGUACAGAAUGGUCCAGCGUCUUCAGAGUGCACGCAAAGGCUGAAUGCAUUCACCUCCAUGUCUCUGGAGGAUUUUAGGGUGGCAAUGGAGCUAAAUCCGCAGCAACUAGGCGAAGAUUGGCCAGUGCUAGCAGAAAAAAUAUACUUCAGAUCAAAUGAAGAAUAAAUAUGGUGGAUCUUUAAGAACCUCAAGAAUUGUUUUGUUUUUACUUCUCGUCUCUCUUGGAGCAUUAGCACGGAGUAGAGCAAUUCUUUUAUAUAUAUCUUGGUGAGUUCGAGUGGAUGAAAAUAAGUGAGACUCACUAUUAUUUGUCUGGAAACCAUAAGGGGACAUGUUCCACCAGUACAAGAGACGCCAAGCUUCUUCGACAUGGUUCACAGCACAAUCAGAGAUCAGUUUUGCAGAAUACUAAUCUAGUAGUGUCUAAUGUUGAUUGAUACAGACGAAGCCAGUCAUGUAGGAUUUGCAGGAAUGACUGUGUGUAACAUUAACUGCAUAAGUUACUAUAGUAGUUCUAUUAAUGUGAUUUCUUUUGAAGAAAAGGUUGUCUAAAUUUUACUGUACUCUCCGAGUUUCUCUUCCCUUUGGUUUGAUGGCACUGCAAUAUCUU